ACACCCUACACGUCUGCCGCUUUCUCUCCCCGCCCCUUUUAAUUUUUCUUCGAUUUUCCCUCGCCCAUCACUGUAAUCACCGCCAAAGCCCUACGCGACUCCGAUUUCUCUCUCUGCCCUCGUAUCUCCCUCGCAGUGGCAGGUACACGCGAACUGUUUCUUUUCUCUUAUCUCCCUCUGCCGUCGCUUGUCGCCGGUCGCUGGCACACCCUCACCCCCACUUUACUUUCUUCUCAUCAUUCUAUCUGUAAUUGCCUCUUACUUUUGGCAUAAGUUUGCAAUAAUUUAUUUCGCAGGAAGAUUUUUGAAGUUUGACUCAUGGAUCCUCAACCUGAACCAGUCAGUUACAUCUGUGGAGAUUGUGGAAUGGAGAACACUCUGAAGCAAGGUGAUGUCAUACAAUGCCGAGAGUGUGGUUAUCGUAUUCUCUACAAGAAGCGUACCCGUCGCAUUGUUCAGUAUGAGGCCCGCUGAAAUGCUUAUUCUGGCGUUGGACUUCUAGUAUCAUGAAUAUUUUGUAAGUCUUUCUUAGGAAAACAAAAACGAACUCGAUAUGGCCUAAGGACUUGCUGUAAUGCAUUAUCCUCGUGAGAUAAGUUCAUGUCCUACUGGUAAUAUGAAUGGUCAAUUCUGCAUACACUGGAAGGUUCACAUUUGCAUUUCCAUAUCAACAUUUGAUUCCUAUUCCA